AUGAGGUCCAGCGCUGCCAACUAUUUUCUGGUCAACCUCGCCAUUGCAGACAUUUUGGUUGCUGUUUGCUGCAUCCCAUUGACGGUGGCGGACAUUGUUUACCAAGUAUGGAUAUUUGGCGAGACGCUGUGCAAACUGACUGGCUACUUACAAGGAAUAUACAUCGGUGCAAGCGUGUUGACCAUCGUGUGCAUGGGGAUCGACCGGUACUUUGCCAUUAGACAUCCUAUGAUACACAGACGCAUCUUUACUGUUGGGAAGGUCAAAAUCCUCGUCGGACUGACGUGGCUGCUUGCCGCGGGCGUGAUGGUCCCGUUAGCCAUUGUACGUCAACUACGCGUCCAUACCAUUGAAGCAUUCAGUCUAAAAUAUUGCACGGAACAAUGGCCCAGACAACAAGAUCGACAGAUAUACGACAUCUUCUUAUUAUUUUUCAUCUACAUUAUCCCUGGGAGCAUGAUAGUGCUGUUGUAUGCUCUGAUGGGAUGCAAACUGUGGCGGCGGGACGCAAGUCUUCGACGUCAGAAUUCUUGUAUGAACAACGAGGCCAAGGUCAUGUUGAGUCGACGUCGCCUGGCGCUCAUGAUGAUCAUCAUUUCCGUGUUGUUUGCAGUGUGUUGGUUGCCGUACUACAUCUUCAGUAUCUGCAUGGACUUUGACCAGUCUAUGCAGUAUAAUCUGAUAACACUAUACCCUUUUACCCUCUUGUUGGGUCAUACGAACAGUGCACAAAACCCUAUUUUGUACUGCUUUAUGCAUAAGGGAUUUAAGACUUGUAUUCUGAGGAUUAUCAAGUGCCAAUGCAGCAGGAUACGAUACGAAAAACAGAUAAGCAUCUCACGUGGGUUCAGUGCUAGUGACAGAAAUCGCGAUAGAAAUUCAGCGUUAUCCCCGAUGCUGAGAAGGGAGAUGCUGCGAUCGUCUAAUCAAGGUGUGGUCUAAGAAGGAAGAUGGACAGUAAUCGGAUAACGCUGACCAUCACUUGUCGGACCUGGGAUCAAGGUCGGGACGUAGACAUGCAGGUCUCAUACAAUGUGGGCUUGCUCUAGGGCUGUUUAAGCUCAACAUUGACUGAAUGUGUUUGCUUUGGAGAUUCGGUCACGUCGUGAGAUAUUAAAUGUGCAAUGUUUUUUCGACCAGGCUUGAGAUAAUUAUUCUUGUUGGCGUAUAUGGCAAGGGUCUUACAGAAAAUUACUUUUUAGAUAGUUCUUCUUCUUUACUACAUUUAUGAUUAGACAGCUCAUCACAAGUUCUAAACGAAUCUUGAAAUGAAAUGAUCGUCAACUUGACCCUUUUGUAACAUGGCUGAAAUAACAUGUUUUGUAUCAUUUGUCUGUUUAGUUGUGGCGUAUUGUUAACCGAAACGAUCUUCAUAAGAAAUUAACUGUACCGGCAUACAACAAAAAGAGUUUGGAAAUAGAUAUUGUAUCUCUUUCAGCAAAUGUAAUUUCUUUUCAGAAUUAUCGGUGUGCGUUAUGGAAGUGGGUGCGUGGCGCAGGUGUUUAGAUGUGUUUCUCAAUAGCGUUUUGCUUUCAGUUAACUACCAUCCUUGUCAACUUAACAACUUACGGUUGUGUUGUAACGCCAAUCUUACUGGCCGUAGGAUUAUAUGUAACAAUUCUUCCCAUUUUCCGCAUAUCAUGCGCUAAAUGGUCUCUAAGACACAGCUAUCUGAACUCCAUAAUAUAUUUUGUUUAAUUAUUCUCUAUCGAAUUUAGUGCAUUUCAGCAGCGCUUUUCAGUAACUGUUUUACGUUAAACUUUUUUUUGGUAAACACUAUAAAUGAUAAAGACACAAAAUGCAUGAUAUCCCAUCUCUCAUAUAUGCAAAUAUUGUAUGCUGAAUAUCACAUUCUUUGCUCCCGGUCCAUGUACAUUAACAUUUAAAUGUGCUUAGUUUCAUGUAUGUAUACCUUAAUGUAAUGUGUGUACGUCUGUGUGUAGGAAUGGGUGGAUGGAUGUCCCAUAGAGGGCCAGAAACCUAUGUGAUUGUUGACUGGAAUCCCAGAUUCGUUCUGAUGUUUCUUGGUUUGUCAGCACCAUAUCUAUGCUCAUAGGUUUCCCCAAAGAAGUAAUCACUUCGGGCUCUCUUCUCGACUAAGCCGACUCGCCGUGAUACAACUGAAACACCGCUCAAAGCUGCGUUAAAGCAAACACACUCACACUUAUGAGAUUGAGUGAGUAAACAUAUCUGUGUUCGAAUUCUUCAGUCUGAUCAAAUCAUGAACAAGGCAAUUUUACUUUCGGACUAACUGGUGGCUCAGUUGCAUCUAGUUGACGGGGGUUCGAUCGUCAGAUACGUACCGAUUAUCAUCCUUGGUUUACCAGCACGAGGCUCGUGGGUUUCACCUCACGUUCAACGUGUCAAGCGUGUCUCACUUGGACUUCAUUCAACAGAGGCUGACAUGGCCAAAGAUGACAGAUUUAUUGUUUAAAGCGACGCUAAAUACCCAAUUCAUUGAUUACCAUCUACGUGUUAUUACCGAAAGCGACGCAAUAUGUUCCCAGUGUCGAAUUCGAUCAACCCCAAAACAUGGGUUACCUAGCUGAUGGUUUAAGACUCCGCACCUGGAUGUGCGCAGUUAUGACCCUUUUGUGUCAAGAUCUGCUGAUAAUGUAACGUGGUAUAACAGCAUACAUAGUUUCAGAACAGGUUCAUUUCAACCAACAGAACUGCAUACAUUUGAACAAAACUUAAAUCGUCUUUUUAACCCAAAAAACAUUUUAUGACUUCAUUGUUUUUUUCACACGUCGGUACUAUGUAAGACGGUAUCAAAACACCGUUAGAGCCUUAUCAAGGAUAUUCAAGUCAAAAUAGUUGUUUAGGUUAUUUUUCAUAGAUACGGAAAUGGAUUCAUUCAGUGAAUGGAUACAUCAAAGAUAAGAUACAACAUUGUCAAUUCGCGGGCAUUAUAUCGUCUGCAUUGUCCCUUUACCCUUUGCAUGUUCAUCAUACUCAAUGGGAGAAAUCGCUCUGACAGGCAUUGGAGUUACACAAUCAGAUAUGCAGACGCGAAGAACGUCACAGUCACACAGUGAUCAGAGGAGAGAGGGCUGCUGGGCACUAAAGAAAGUAUACAUCCAUGUUUGAUGAUUGCUGAAAAUGAAACUAACAAGAUAUGUCUAUUCGAUGGAGAUGUAUUUGAUAAAGGUAUCCUGGUUGUGUUUUGGACCUUAGGCUUGCAUUGUCUCGGCGAUUGUACUGACGUUUGGAUAACGUUUGUAAGUUUUUGCCGAAAUCCAAUUAUUAAAUGUUUCCUUUCUUUCGCUCCGCAGCUUAUAUCAGUGACUGAGUUGGGUUUAACUCUACUUUGAACAAUAUUACUGUCACAUGGUAGAUUAAUAUGGAAGGAAAGCACACAGUAUUGCACGUCAUGGACCUUUACAGCCUUGGUAAAAACCAUGCAUGGACACAGGUGUGGUUAUUCUUUAACAGGAACGAUUUACCGUGGCGAAACCAUAUUUAUGCCAUAGCCAUAUAAAAGGUAUGUAAACUAUUUCUCUGUUGACAUGGGAUACAAUGACACUGUGUAAGCCAUACUCUUUAACAGGAACGAUUUACCGUGGUGAAACCAUAUUUAUGCCAUAGCCAUAUAAAAGGUAUGUAAACUAUUUCUCUGUUGACAUGGGAUACAAUGACACUGUGUAAGCUAUACUCUAUAACAGGAACGAUUUACCGUGGUGAAACCAUAUUUAUGCCAUAGCCAUAUAAAAGGUAUGUAAACUAUUUCUCUGUUGACAUGGGAUACAAUGACACUUUGUAAGCCAUACUCGGUUAAUUAUUCAGGCAGAUAAUUUCUCACUUCAAAGUACAAUGUACACUUGGCGUGUCUGGGAGUGAGUGAGCAUAGCGUAGAAUUGCUUUUGGAAUCAGAGGGGAUACCAAGAAUAGGCUCCACAUACAUUUUAUUUAAAUGGUAGAUCUAACCCGAAUCACCCCGCCCACACAUGUAGUUUCAUUUAAAGCAUGUGUGUUAUUACGUUGCCUUGUGCGUCCAUUAAGUUCAACAAUAUAUUAAUAGAGCAUUUCUAAAUGUACCAUUAUAAUAUAUCAUUACCGUAAUAUUUAUUUCUCGCAUUUAUUCUACCUCAUUUUCACUUACGUGUACACGAAAAUAUCUCAAAGAACAAGUUUCUGGUCACAUGUGCUGUUACAAGGUCGAAACUCUACUACCUCGUACAAUUGUGAACCAGGAGAGUGUUACUGUUAUCGUGUCAUUUGUAUUGAAUACAUUUGCUUCAGAUACACUCCUGAACGAGCUUCUCUCAGAAGGAAGAAUGUGUGUUUCAAUGUGGAGCUCUUCCCAGCCUACGUGCGUGAAGUAACAGACACAAGACUGCUAUUCUAAUUAUAUGUCAUGGUCCUUAACUUAUAUCGAUUUAAAUGAAACUAUAAGGUUUUUUAUACACGUGUUAUAUGUUGUAAUCGUUUCUUGACAUUUCAGGAAUACUGUUUUGGGUGUUGUAACCGCGUGUGUCAGCUUUUGGUGUUAUUAGUUAAAUUGAUGAAAUGGAUUUUCACUGUGGUGUUUCCUAAAUACAGAAUUUGUUUUGUUUUUUUCACGCUUGUGCAAUAUCAGACUUGUUUACCUUUAGCCAUUUUCCAUAUGUCAUUGUUGUGAAAACACGAAUUAAACGUGAAUACGGUAUACUAUACCUAAAAGUGCUAAUAAUUCCUAUUGUGUCAUGUACAUGUAUGCUUUUUGUAUGUUUUAUAUGCAUGUACCUGUAUGAUUUUUUAAACGACAAGACAAAAAUGUUUUUUGCUGGCGAAUUUUGUGUUAAAUAUUCAAUGAUGUGUAAGUAUUGAUUCAGUAAUAUUUGUGUUGUUGGCCAAGGGUCUAUAUCCUUGUUGUGGAUAUACGUAACGAAACGAAUGAAAUAUUACACUAUUAAAGAAA